AUGGCCAAAUAUGAAGUUUGUAUCGAUGGGAUUGAAGCUGCUAUUGAUUUGAGAAUCAAGGAUCUUGAGGUAUAUGGGGAUUCUGCUAUGGUCAUCAACCAAAUCAAUGGAGAUUGGGAGACUCAUCACCCAAAUCUGAUCCCAUACCGAGAGCACGUGAUAAAGUUGAUUCCAUAUUUUGAGGAGAUCACAUUUGAUCAUAUUCCAAGAGAAGAAAAUCAUUUAGCUGAUGCAUUGGUUACUCUAGCAUCCAUAUUCAGAGUUGAGUGGGCGAUUAAGGCCCCCUCUAUCAACAUUAUGAGGUUGGAUGAGCCAGCGUUUUGCUACACUAAUGAUGAAGCACGAGAUGAUAAACCUUGGUUUUAUGAUAUCAAAAGAUACCUUGAGAAACAGGAAUACCCGGAGGAUACGUCUAUCCCAAACAAGAAAACACUAAGGAAACUAUCUUCCAGGUUUUUCUUAAGUGGUGAUGUGUUGUAUAAGAGGAAUCAUGAUUCUGUUAUGCUCAUAUACAUGGAUAGACAUGAAGCAGACAUAGUUAUUGAGGAUAUUCACGAAGUUUCAUUUGGAAUACACUCCAGUGGUCAUUCCAUGGAGACAAAGAUUCUGAGAGCAGGUUAUCAUAACAAAUAA